AGCCAGUUUCGAGGAAGUGACGCGCGCAUGAGACUGGGCGAAGGAAGUUUGCUCCGUGGUACUGAACGAAACUUUUCCCCGGAGCUACAGUGGGAGAUCAGAACAAUCCUGGAUAAUUGUGUUGCUGGGAGAGUGAUCCAGUCGUGCAGGGAACCAUUGUUUUCCUCAGUACGCCUGUGAGAUUGGUAGAGGACCGCAAAGGAUUUUUUCUCCCGUGUUCUAUCCCCCUACUCUAUCCGAGAUGGGGAAGGAGCAGGAACUCCUAGAGGCGGCGCGCACUGGAAAUCUUGCCGCUGUGGAAAAGCUUCUUUCUGGGAAACGACAAUCGACUGGAAGUGGCAGUGGAUCAUCGGGGACUGGUGGAAGCAGCAAUAUCAGUGGUCACAAUGCUUCUCACCCGCUGUCCAGCCUUCUCAGUAUCUGGAGGGGUCCUAAUGUAAACUGUGUGGACAGCACUGGAUACACUCCUCUACACCAUGCUGCCCUAAAUGGACACAGUGAGGUAGUGGAGGCGCUGCUACGUAACGAGGCCUUGACCAACAUCGCUGAUAAUAAGGGCUGCUACCCCCUGCACCUGGCCGCAUGGAAGGGGGACCAAAGGAUCGUCAGGCUACUCAUUCACCAAGGCCCCUCACACCCCAAACUCAACGAGCAGAGCUCCUCUGUAGAGCACAAAGAGUUGAAACGCUGUGGGCCCUUUGACCUGCAUAUUAAUGCCAAGAACAACGACAACGAGACCCCCCUCCACUGUGCCGCCCAGUACGGCCACUCCCAGGUGGUGCGUCUACUGCUGGAGGAGCUGACCGACCCCACCAUGAGGAACAACAAGUUUGAGACGCCGCUGGACCUGGCGGCGCUUUACGGCCGUCUGGAGGUGGUCAAGCUGCUUCUCACCGCCCACCCCAACCUGCUCUGCUGCAACACCAAGAAACACACGCCGCUGCACCUGGCGUCACGCAACGGACACCUGGCCGUGGUGGAGGUGCUGCUGGCGGCCGGCAUGGACAUCAACUACGAGACGGAGAAGGGCAGCGCCCUCCAUGAAGCAGCUCUCUUCGGGAAGACUGACGUGGUGCAGAAACUUCUGCAUGCAGGGGUUAAUGUGAACAUGGUGGACAGCAAGGGCCUGACAGCACUGGACACUGUCAGAGAAAUGCCCUCUCAGAAGAGCCGACAGAUUGCAGCUCUAAUCCUGGGCCAUAUGUCAGGAAAUCCCCCUGUUUUACACUUGCCUCCUCCCCCUGUCCCUCCACCUAAUGAGAGCCCUAGCCUUCGGAAAAAAGGUAAGCUGGUGGUGGUGAGUGAGCUGAUCUCGGGGCUGGCCCCGGGGCCUGAGGAGGAGAGCCCGUAUGAGGCUCUGUUCGAGGCCACUUCCUGUCACUCUCUGGACAGUCUGACCAGUGGCAAGUCCUCCGACAGGGACUCUGGACGACCUGAUAGUGAAGCCGGAAAGAAAGACCGGCUUGCUCACCAAUCCCAGCAUGCCCCUGGCCAGGAAGAGGAGCUUAACUCGGAGGUCCUGUACACUAACAGCAGCAUCGAUGAGAGAGGGGAGGAGGAGGUGGAUCACACGUAUGACUUGCUGCUCUCCGCCCAGACAGAAGUCCCCCAGUCCGCACAGGACCCCCCAUCACAGAAAUGUACAGAUGAGAACGCUACCUCCCAACAGUCUUCCAACAGUCUUCUACCUCAGCAGCGGAAGCCCACUGCCCCUAGUGACCUCCGACCUUCAGGCCAGACGGGCGACACCCUGAAGCUCCCCGGACCUCCUGUGGUUGGGCCGGGACGGACUGGCCUCGGCCUCACUGGUGAUAACUCCUUGCUCGGCCAGGACCUGGUCGCAGUACCUGAAGUGUUCACAGGCCUCCUGCACGGAUCCUCGCCCGUCUUUGACUGUCGGGAGGAGUCCAUCAGCAGCCUGCCAGUUGGAGUACUGACACAGUCCAACCAAGGCCAACAGCCGGCGCCAGCUCCAACAGCACCCGCCAAAGCAACAGAAGCUCCGCCUCCUCCAAACAAUCCAAUCGACAUGUCUGCCGUCCUGACAGACUGUGACCCCAAAGCUAUCUAUGCCACCGUGUCCAAGGGGGAGCCCAGGGACAGAGACCGGGACAUGGGGUCUGGGGCUGUGCCUGCUGGCAGGAUGCGCCCCCCUGGGGAUUUGAAGCUGGCUCGCAGCUUUUCCAAGUCGGACUCAGACCUGCUGGUGUCGCCGCCUAGCGAGGAGGAGGGAGGGCUGGGCAGCCGCAGUGAGUCUGUCUCCAACUGCAGCGCAGCCAAAAAGAGGCUGGAGAAGUCGCCCUCGUUCGCCUCUGAAUGGGACGAGAUUGAGAAGAUCAUGACGUUGAUUGGAGCAGGCAUUGAUUUCUCUAGAGACCAGCAGUACUCUACCCCAGGUGGGGCAGCUGGACGGCUGCUGGACCAGCCCGUGGGAGACUGGCUGGAGCACGUGGGGCUGCCGCAGUACGAGAGCAAGCUGCUGCUCAACGGCUUCGACGACCUGCACUACAUGGGUAGUAAUGUGAUGGAGGAGCAGGACCUGAGGGAGAUAGGCAUCACAGACCCAGGACAUCGGAGGAAGAUCCUGCAUGCAGCUCGAUCCCUACCUAAGGUGAAGGCCCUGGGCUGUGACGGCAGCAGCUCUCUGUCCUCCUGGCUGGACCUCCUGGGCCUGCAGGAGUACCAACACAGUUUCCUGUCCAGCGGAUAUCGUAGCCUCGACUGUGUCAAGAACCUGUGGGAACUGGAGAUUGUCAACGUGCUGAAGAUCUCCCUGCUGGGACACAGGAAACGGAUCAUCGCCUCGCUGGCAGAGCAGCCUUAUGAGGAACCUCCUGUCAAGCCCCCCCGCCUGUCCCAGAUCAGGUGUCAGGACCUGGUAUCCCAGACCUCCUCUCCCAUCAGUCACAUGGACUCCUAUACGGGCCGCUCCAUGGACCCCAUCCUGCCCCUGGGGGAGCCUGGGGGGAGGAAGGGGCCCAACCCCGAAUACGAUGUGGCCCCCCACCGUUCCCGCAGUGAACGACACCGAUCACAUGAGAGGUAUGAGGAGCGGCAUCUUGAGCCUCGUCUGACCCUGCGACCCCCCAGCAUGGCAGCACCCUACACCCCUGUACAGAACUGGCACCACCAGCCCGAGAAGCUCAUCUUUGAAUCCUGUGGAUAUGAAGCCAAUUACCUGGGAUCUAUGCUCAUAAAGGAGCUACGGGGGACCGAGUCCACCCAGGAUGCCUGUGCCAAAAUGAGGAGGUCAACAGAGCAGAUGAAGAAGGUCCCCACUAUCGUCCUCUCCAUCACCUAUAAAGGGGUGAAGUUCAUUGAUGCGGCCAAUAAGAACAUCAUUGCAGAACAUGAAAUCCGGAACAUCUCGUGCGCGGCCCAGGACCCAGAGGAUCUGUGCACGUUUGCCUACAUCACCAAGGACCUGCAGACCAACCACCACUACUGCCAUGUGUUCAGCACAGUGGACGUGAACCUGACCUAUGAAAUCAUCCUGACGCUGGGACAGGCAUUUGAGGUGGCCUAUCAGUUAGCUCUCCAGGCCCAGAGGACCAAACAGCACCAGGGCAUCCCAGCAGGACCCGGGGCAGAGGUCAUCGAGACCAAAUCCAGCCGGCCCGUUCCCAAACCACGGGGUGGCGUAAGGAAAUCAGGGGACUCUCCUCUCCUGCUGGACAGUCGCUCCUGCUGUUACUGUCUCACCUGCACCACCCACCGUCCCUCCUUCCUCCCACUGCACCACUCUGCCAGCCCUGUUGCCCAGCAGGUGGACCCGUUGGAGCUGGAAGUGGACUCCCAGUCCCAGGGCAGCACCACGUGGCUGGUGGACCCUGUCCCCAAAGACUCCAAGAGGACCAUCAGCACUAAGUACGAGACCACCAUAUUCUGAGUGGACCCGACACAUCUCCCGCCCUCUGCCCUUUGACCCUGGGCUUGACCUUCUGACUUACUGUACCUUUCCUCCUCCUCCUCCAUCUGUGUGCCUUUCACUGUGACUCUGCCUCUUUCUCAGGAGGGCCAGAACCCUCCUGCCCUCCUCUGUCUCCACCUCUCCUCUGCCUCCACCUCCUCUCCUCUGUCUGCCGAAAGACUCAACUUCUCUCCUCCCCCUGUCUGUUAUUCAGUCUACCAUUAUGAGACCUGCCUCUUCUGUCCUUGCCUCGCCACUGCCUCUCCCCCUGACCACAAAUCUGUUAGUGGGGACUAACUGAACAACCUCCUGGACUAACACCCUGAUCCCUGCUCCUUUUCACUGUGUUAAACUGCUGACUCCUCUGGGCCCUGAAUCAUUGCUCUGUGAUCAUCAUACAGUAUGUUCCUAGGCAUUUGGUUCCCCUUGCCUCUGUGAAGCAUGAUACUCUACCUUGUCCUUCCACUUCCCUCACAUUGACACUGUUAGUUCUGCUUAAACUGUUCUACUGUAUGGUGCUGUUAUUCAGUACCCCUAGCUAUGAUGUGUGUAGGACAGCUAAUGUAAUCCACAAAUCCAGUCACUGAUUUAAGUUUGUUCAGUGGCUACUAUCUCCAUUCUACCUACCUACCUACCUCCCCACUCCUCACCAUUCCUCUUUCACUCCCCCAAAUUAUCUUCGGACAAUCCUUAAUUUUUCUAUCCAUCUAUCCCUCCUUCCUUUUUCCUUUCUCCUCUGGGUGCUUUUACUGCUCUACCAGGCGACGGCCACUGUGAGGCGCUCUUGAAGAACUUUCCCCUUCCUUGUUUCCUGAACUUUAAACUCCUGACUCCAGUGCUCAGAAACAAAUAUCCGAUUCUCUACAGCGAAGGAUCACGUACCUGGAUGAACAUUGUUUCCAGAAGAUUCAUCUGUGAGAGACUCCCUGUUCCAUUGUUGUAGUUCUAUGCACAUUAGUAGGAACAUUGCCUGUUUCUCUGCAAGGGGAUGGAAGACAACUCUGGACUAAACCCUAGAAUUGGCCCAUUUGGGUUAACAGAGGGAAGGGCAUGUUGAUGCGUAUCCUGUCUGAUUUUAUUAUCGCUCUUUGUGUCGGUUUCCCACACUUAAUCUGAGUCUGGGAAACUGGCCCUCUGUGUUAUGCUGCCAAAGUAGGCUAGGGUCCAGCACUGUGAUAGGAGAUCUCUACUGGUAGCUAUUGGAGUUAACAUUGAUGGGGGAUAGAUAGGACACAGAGGUUCAAUCAUAUCAUGGUGUCCUACAUAGAUGUCCUCACUGUUAUAGACAGCAGUGUGGGAAAUCAAUCUGAGCAUGCCUUUGCUCUUUGACUGAGAAUUUGAUAUCUAGUGCAAUCCUUAUUUGGAGUGUCAUGAAAACUUUGUGAAUGCUUGGAUGCUGGGGAAAUAUGUGCAUCAAAGAUGAUAUGAGGAGAACUUAAAUGGACUGUUUAUUCAAUAGAGUAUGAGCCAAAAUGCAUGAAUUCUGCUCUAGCCACCAGUAAUAGACUUGGGUGACGGUUUCAGUCUAAUUACCCAGCCUAGCCGGUAGAUCCGUCAAUAUAGGGCUGAUCGGUUAUAUUAACCUUAAUGAGGAGGAGAGCUCAUCAAAUCUCUCACUGGAGAGGAGUGGUUAGGUGAAAUGUGUCAAAAGAAUAAACUGCUGUACCAUCCAUCUUUCCUAAUCCAAGCAUGUCUUAAUGGACUGAAAGAUGAAGGCAUAACCUUGUCAAGGUACAUAUUCUGUUUAGUUGGCAUCUAGUCCAUCCACUGUGGUGAAACAGAGGCUGAUGUAUACAGAUUAAAAGUACAGCAUAUACAUAAUGUUGCUAUACUUUAGGUAUGGUGCAUUCAGUGUUCUCAUUUGAAAUCGUAUCACUCUUUGCAUCGAUCUACAUUUCUAACUCAUCGCCAUAUUCCAAAUAGUGCCAAGAUGCAAUCAACCCAAUGUCUGUUGAAAGUAAACUGGGAAAUAGGGGACUUUCCUUUUUUCCCUUUAAUUUUCCUUCUUUCUUUUUCACUACUCAUACAGUUUCUCCUUUAUGUUCAUCAUGUUGUCAUUAAUGACUGUCUGUUUUACUAUUCACCCUGCCUCAGUCGAUAUUCAGUGCUAACAUGGAAGCGGAAUUUAAUCAUUAUCUAGAAAAAUCUGUUAUCUUGAUAUCUACGCCAUUUUGUUUUCAGUUGGCUCAGUUAUGUUUUUACAUUAUUUUAACCCCAGUGCUGUGUUGGUGUGUGUCUCCCUUCCAUGUAGCUGACUACCAUGACUGGACACCCAGCCAGAGUGAGAGGUCAGGGGUGACCCAUACCUAUGGGGUUGUGUUGUGUGGCAGGGUGCAUUUUUGGAACCAGGAGAAAGGCCUCUUUCCAUGCACCCUUCCUACCAGUACCACUGGAGACAUGCUUACAUACACCAGGAGGGCCCUACCUCCUCUCUGACACCCCUGGACCUCUCCUCAUGCUCCGCUCCUUCUCACCUCCACUGAGGUGUUCAGCUCCAGGGGUCAGCGCUGUAGUUCUGUAUCACACAGACAGGAAGUCAGCCCCCAGGCAGUAGGCCCAAACAACCAACAUCCUCACUGCAUCCACUUACUUACACGGGGAAAUGGACUCAACGUGUCAAAGCUUGGUCAGUUAUCCAGAGACUGAAAGGUGGGUGUUUGUUUGGUAGGCAUCUCUUUCAAUGUGAAGCACUCGACUUUAACAUCCCUCCUUUUCUGUUUUUAUUUUUUUACAAAUGUAAACAUGUUUAUCCUUGACAGGCCAGUGAAUGCUGUUCAGACAGUGUAUUUUAUCUACGGGGGUUCGAGAGUGUCUUGUUCCCAGUUGUUGUUUUUCCCUGACAUUUUGUGACUUGUGUAUCCAUUCCAUGAGAGUUGAAGAUGGAUGCUUCUCUAGAUCGAUCCCUCAGAGGGGCCUUUCCCAUACACAUGUAUGUGUCUUCGCUGAGGGCUACGCUAAGCUAAUGUUUACUCUGACAGGGAAUUUUAUUAAGGUACAGACAGUGGUAAUCAACAUAAAAAUAUAUUUUUGAGAAAAGAAGUAGAGAUCUACCUGGAUAUCUCACUGGGAAAUGGGAGACAGAUUUAGAUAAAGGAAUGCAUUAAAGUUGUCCUCGGUAUGCUAUGCUCACUAGGGUACGAUUGGGUAGAAUAAUUACAAUGUGAGAUUCAGCAGUACACUCACAGGCUUUCUCAUGUCCAUCCAUUCAAGCACCGAGUCAGUUACAUCAAAGCAUCGCUUUAUCUUCAUUUUCUCAUUCAUAACAUACAGAACUGUGAUAGUUAAUGUAAUAGUGUACAGGAGGAAUAAUCUGACAUGGAUGAAGUUUGGAGGGCUGUUCAACUGACACUACAGCAACUUUUAAAAACAGGGGGUGUCUUUUGUAUGUUUAAACUGUUCAGUUACUGGAAACUAUAGGACCUGUUAGCAGGUACUGUGAUGGCCUUUUAUCCCCCCUGAAUCGAUUUGAUUUAUUUUAAACUAGUCAAUUCAGAAAACCAGUCCUGUAAGAUUUUAGGUACAAUAUGGUACACAGUGUUUUCUCCCCAUAUACUAUGUCUCCUGGUACGUUGACUGUUUUCUGUUUUGGGUGCUCUGUGUUCAGCUGGAGUGUUGCGUCUCUGUGGGUACAUAGACUAGCUAUAUGGUACUCACUCUAUAUGAUACAGCUGUCUUUAGCUGGUUGAUGUGAGCACCUGAAGCUAUCAACCUGGUCCUGUCGCCGCGUUUGCACAUAAGGAUCAUGGGUAGUACAAUGGGACUAUUCUGAUGAUAUUAAUGAAGACUAUGAUGAUGAUAACAAUGAUAUUGGAUUGUAAAUUAAUCUCUUAGCAGUCUGUAUUUUGAUACUUGAAUGAUUUUGUUUUUAUAGAUAUCUAUGUAUAUGUAUGUACGUAUGUAAUUGUUUUGCCACAUUUGUAAAAAAGGACAGUCUUAUUAAGUUCAACAUAUCAUGAUACUGUUAGGUUCUAAUUUUGAGUAAAUAACUCACGGACACUAGAGAAGCUUAACCAAGUUUAAUUCUUCCCAAAGGGUCGUUACAGCUGUAAUUCAGAAACAGACAUGGCUUCCCUAGUGGUAGUAUUCAGUCUCCUUAUCUCGAAACAUUGCAUCAUUCUUGCUAAUCAGGGAGCAAAGUGACAUGAGCCUUAAACGGUUUCUCCCCUUAUCAGUACUGCCACAUGCAAUUGUGUUCCCUGCACUCAGCCCCUCCCAAGCUUCAUUAUGGCACCCCUCAUGUCUCUUUAGUACCUAAUGUUCCUAUACUUCUGAGUGUAACAAUGUUCAAAGUUUCACCCCUGAUACCCACGAUUGAAAACGGGCCGAGAGAAAGAACUCAGAGGGACAUCACUACAGAAACAAAGAAAAAAGAUUGUAAAUGACCUUUGGGCUUCCAGUCCUUUUUUAUGGUUAUUAUUUUUCAUAAUUGUACAACUAAUAAAUGAAGAAAUGAUUAA